GCACGUGUGCUGCUCUUUUUUUAAGUGUGGCUCUCAGCUGCCGAGGCGGAUGAUGAUGAUGGCGGAGCUGGUUCAGGGACAGGCCUCGGUGGCUCAGCCCGGAACGAAAGAUGACUUCGCAGACACGAUACGCCGGGUCCGACAGAUGGCAGCCAAGAUGGGAGGAGACCAGAUGCCCAACCUGAACAGUUCGUCUCCAGUCUUAGACCCCUCCCUCUAUGGCUUUGGAGGGCAAAAACGUUCGCUAGACAAUGGAGUGGGGAACCAUCUCGGUGCAAUGGUACAUCAAAGGGCUCUUACAACAGAAGACUUCAAAGUGCCUGAUAAGAUGGUGGGAUUCAUCAUUGGAAAAGGAGGAGAGCAGAUCUCAAGAAUUCAGCUGGAAUCAGGCUGUAAGAUCCAGAUUGCUUCAGACAGUGGAGGCAUGUUGGACAGGCCCUGCACACUGACCGGAAGCCCAGAGAACAUCGAGCAGGCGAAGAGACUGCUGAGCGAGAUCGUGGAGCAGUGUCGGUAUGGACCAGGCUUCCACAAUGAGAUGGACGGCAACAGCUCCAUCCAACAGAUCCUUAUCCCCGCUAACAAAGUCGGCCUGGUCAUCGGCAAGGGAGGGGAGACCAUCAAACAAUUGCAGGAGAGAACAGGAGUGCAGAUGAUAAUGAUUCAGGAUGACCCGAUGCCAACUGGAGCAGACAAGCCUCUGAGAAUCACUGGGGAUCCCCACAAAGUGCAGCAAGCCCGUGAGCUUGUGGUGAAGCUCAUCCGGGACAAAGACCAGGGAGACUUCAGGGCUGGCAGAGCAGACUUUGGAUCCAAAAUGGGGGGGAGCAGUCUGGAUGUGGUUGUGCCCAGAUUCGCGGUUGGCAUCAUCAUUGGCAGGAACGGAGAGAUGAUCAAGAAGAUUCAGAAUGAUGCCGGUGUCAGAAUCCAGUUCAAACAAGAUGAUGGAGUCAGUCCUGACCGUGUUGCUCAGGUGAUGGGCCAACCCGACCACUGCCACCACGCAGUCCACCUCAUCAACGAACUGGUUCAGACAGCUCAGGAGCGAGAUGGAUUUGGUGGUGUAAUGGGACGUCGAGGGCGAGGUGACUGUAACAUGGGAGGCCCUGGAGGACUGCAGGAGGUCACAUAUGCAGUACCUGCUGAUAAGUGCGGCCUUGUGAUUGGCAAAGGUGGCGAAACCAUAAAGAACAUCAAAGAGCAGUCUCGUGCCCACGUGGAGCUCCAGAGAAACCCGCCGCCCAACACCGACCCCAAUGUGCGCAUCUUCUCCAUCCGAGGCACCCCUCAGCAGUUGGAAAAGGCCCGCCAGCUGAUCGAUGAGAGAAUUGGGGGCCCAGGAAUGGGAGGCAACAGCAGCUUCGGUAUGAAUCCCUACAACCAAGGACCAACCACUCCUCCUCAACAUGGGCCUCAGACGUUCAUGACUGGAGGAUGGGGGACAACCUUUCAGAUCUGGCAACCUCAAGGCCAACAGGACCACAGUCACAAUGGAUCCCAGACGGGCCAGAUGGACUGGGAGCAGUAUUAUAAAAAGUUAGGUCAGCAAAACCAAGCCCAGAGCACUGCUCCUGAAUACAACAAAGCUUGGGGCCAGACAGCUGGUCCUGGAUCUCAGCAGACCUCUAAUCCUGACUACAACGCCUGGGUUGACUUCUACAGACAGCCGAUGGCCUUCUUCAACCAGGGCGCUCAGCAGACACAAGCCCCGGGCCUUCAGGAUCAUUAGAGAAGUCGCCCAGGUUAAAGACUUGAAUCACUGCGAGGAUGGAAACGACCCUUUUUUAACAGAGGGGGUUCUAGAUUUACAACGCCUUGAAGACUUUUUUUCUUAGUGAGAAACACUAGCUGUAGAAUGACUUCUAUGAUAAAGUAAUAUUUCUAAAAAUCAGGAACAUUUAUUUGUUACUAAAUGCUUAUGUACACUGUUAUUUUGGAUAGACAGUAUCUGGGAUCCCUUUUUGGACUUGAGAGAGCUGUUUCGUUUUUGUUUUUGUUUUGUUUCUGUUUUUUUUUUUCUAUAUUUUCCUGUCUUGACUCAGAUUGUACCGCCAAAACGAACCCAAGAGUUGUAACAUUUCAAAAGGCAAUAUGAUCUAUUUUUUCUAGUUAUGUCGAAAUGAAACCAUGAUUAUGUGCUUAGCAGUCUUGAAUACCCGUUGUUGUUUUUUUUUUUUGUCAUUUGUCAUGAGAUGUUUAAAGAGUGUGUUUGAAAUGUUUUCCUUUUACAU